AUGGUGGCUAGACUCAAGCAUACCAGGAAGCUCAGAGGACAUGUUAGCAUGGGACAUGGUCGUAUUGGCAAACACAGAAAGCAUCCUUGUGGUCGUGGUAAUGCAGGUGGACUCCACCAUCUCAGAAUUUUAUUCGACAAAUUCCACCCAGGCUACUUUGGAAAAGUUGGAAUGAGGCGAUUCCACUUAAAGAAAAAUACAGAAUUCUGCCCAUGUGUGAAUCUAGACACUCUCAACACAUUGUUGACUGAAGAACAAAAGGCUUCAAGUGAAAUUCCUCUGGUUGAUGCAGGAGCCCACGGGUUCUUCAAAGUUCUUGGCAGAGGUGUCCUUACAAGACCAAUAAAUGUAAAAGCGAGACUUUUCUCAGCAAAGGCUGAAGAAAGAAUAAAAAAGGCAGGAGGCACUACCAUUCUUUCAGCAUAA